GUCGAGGACUUGACAGCUGUCCGUUGCCAGACAAAGCUUCGGGGCUAGAUUUGUGUUACAUCUGACAGCUUGGCUUUUCCAUUCGCUCUUUUUCCAACUUUGUGGCCGAAUCCAAUUUCCGAACACUAGCAUACACGAUCUUUUUUAAGCCAUGGGUCAAGGUGAUCGCACAUUUAACAGCCGAGGGCAAACCAUCUAUGACCAGGUGCAAACCGUCCUCACCGUGCUCUUUGUGGGCAUCAUGAUUAUCUACGCCGGUGUCCGGGGACACAAAGUCGUCACUCAGCUACCCGCAACGUAUCGUACGACAGAGGCACCGAAGACUUUCACCGGCGAAUACCUAAGUCGUGUAUUCACCAACAAGCUCCCGGAGGCCACAUAUGAAUUUCCGGCGAUGACCUUCUGCCCACCCGACAAACACACAACCGUCCAAUUCGUCUCUUGUUUCCGGAAUUCCACUGGUGUAAUACAACCGUGCUCUGCCCAUUACGAGCGCACGGUGACGUUCGAGGGCGACGAUCUCAAAUGUACCACCGUCAACGACCUUCCAGGCGACGUUUUGUUCGCCACUUCAGCGGAUGAUGUGUUGGAGGUUGCCCUCGCGGUCACCGGCACCGCCCCUGGCUCACCCCAAGGGACAUUAGUGGCUACCCAUCGGCAGAUCGGCCCGCCAAAUACAAACGCUGGCCGCAGCCAGAAGGAAGAAGGAUUCAAUCAAUGGGGUUACGACAAUUUCUUUGGUGCGUCGGCGUACACAUCGACCGAGAUUGUCGGGAAGAAGUUGUACCAGGUUCAGGAGGACGGGACGUUCGACGUGAACUUUGAGGUCAAAGCGAGUAGCUUGAGGAUGAAGAUGGACGUGGCCACUUUGGAGGCGGACCCGACUUUCAAACCUCCCGUGAGAGUCGAGUUCAGAUAUCCCAAGCUGGAAGCUACUUACGAGAAGCCGUUCCUUGUUCUGGACAUGAAUAACUGGCUCGGCGAGGUCGGCGGAGUGUCCGCGCUCCUCUACUUCCUCCAAAAGGUCGUCAUGCUCGUGGUGUCCUUCGUCCUCAAGCGAUCAGACUCCUUCGCUUACACAGACCUCGGCAAGGAGUUCAGGUCCGAAGGUUUCGCUCACUACUAGUUAAUUCAGUUGCCUGCCCAUGGGCCUGGGGGAGGUUGAGACGGUAGUGCAGGACCAGAUACUUCGAUAGACUCCGCCGACGUCGCCGUCGGGCCAACCAGCAGUAGUUUAAGCCCGAACGAUCUUACCUUGUCGCUUGUGGAGAGUUUCACGUGUAUGUUUAAUUGAGUCCAUAGUUCGUCGCUCCGGUCUUCCGGCCAUGCAGAUGUACAGUAAGGUCGAGCUUCCAUGCAGGCUUAAGGUUAAGAAUCAAUACUGGUGGCAGCAGACAAG